AUCGAUUCCCCAGCAGCCAUGGCGGGCAUGAGGGAUACCACCACCGACCGCUCGCUCCGCUCCGUCUUCGUUGGUAACAUCCCCUAUGAGGCGACGGAGGAGCAACUCAGAGACAUCUUCUCUGAGGUGGGGCCGGUGGUCAGCUUCAGGCUGGUGUACGACAGGGAGACGGGCAAGCCCAAGGGCUACGGCUUCUGCGAGUACCAGGACCAGGAGACGGCGCUGAGCGCCAUGAGGAACCUCAACGGGCGCGAGUUCAGCGGCCGCUCGCUGCGCGUCGACAACGCCGCCAGCGAGAAGAACAAGGAGGAGCUCAAGAGUCUGGGUCACACGGGGCCCGUGUUGGAGUCUCCGUUUGGCGACACCGUGGCCCCUGAGGAGGCUCCGCACGCCGUGACGCAGGCGGUCGCCUCGCUACCCCCGGAGCAGCUCUACUGCCUCGUCAAGCAGAUGAAGGCGUGCGUGGUGACGUGUCCGCAGGAGGGCCGCACGCUGCUGCUGCAGAACCCGCAGCUGGCCUACGCGCUGCUGCACGCACUCGUCGCCCUGCAGGCCCUGGACCGCGACGCCGCGUCGAGAAUGCUGCACCGCCAGAGCUCCAUCGUCCCGCUGGGGCACAUGCAGGAUGAGAUGCACAUGAACGGGCCUCCCCAGCAGCUGCUGCACGCAGCGGGGCCCGGAGCCAUGGGGCCAGGUACGUGGCAGCAGCAGUAUGUGGUGAUGAGUGUGGUGCUGAGCGUGGUGCUGAGCGUGGUGCUGAGCGUGGUGCUGAGCGUGGCUGCCCUCAUCAUGCAGGUUCUGCAGUUGACACCAGAGCAGAUUGCGCUCCUCCCCCCGGAGCAGAGACAGAGCAUCAUGAUCCUCAAAGAGCAGAUCCAGAGGACUACAGGGGCCAUGUGACACCUCCUCACACGGCGAGGGGGACGCGGCUGUGGUACGAGGGAGACGCUCCGCAGGGAACCUCGUCGCACACGAAGCCCCCCCCCCCCCCCCGUGGCGGUGUUUACUGCACCGCACCGGGUACUCGUUUGAGGCCGAGGCGACCUAGUGGAGGCCCAGUGCAGACGCUCGCUUCUCCAUUCACUCGCCCACCGAGCCACUCACGCGCGCCGUGGAGAGGCGACGUGCAGCCGGUGGUGGCAGUGGUGGUCAUUUGAGGCCGAGUCGACCUAGGGGAGGAUGUUCGCCGCCCCCCCCCCCCCCCCCCCCUAGUGUUGAUGGUGGUGGUGUGAGAGCGGGAAUUGAACUCGGGUCCACCGGUUUCAUAGCGCGUGACACACACACAGUGACACACACACACACACAGUGACACACACACAGUGACACAUUCACAGUGACACACACACAGUGACACACACACAGUGACACACACACACAGUGACACACACACACACAGUGACACACACACACACAGUGACACACACACACAGUGACACACACACACACAGUGACACACACACAGUGACACAGUGACACACAGUGACACACAAACACACACAGUGACACACACACACAGUGACACACACACGUGACACACACACACGUGACACACACACGUGACACACACGUGACACACACAGUGACACACACAGUGACACACACACACGUGACACACAGUGACACACACACACGUUACACACACACGUGACACACACACACGUGACACACACACACGUGACACACACAGUGACAUACACACACAGUGACAUACACACAGUGACAUACACACAGUAACACACACACAGUGACACACACACAGUGACACACAGUGACACACACACACAGUGACACACACACAGGGUGGGGGUGGGGUGGGUGGCCACUCGCACAAACGCUCGGCCGCCUUUGUCUCUCCCCAGUGGCCACGUUUACAGGCCGUGCCCCUGGCACUCGUUUGGGGCCGAGUCGACCUAGGGGAGGCCCACGCCUGCACGGUGUUGUAGUCGAUGCUGGUGUCGCCCUCCCGGUUUGUUUGUUGUUGAUGUUUGGUUGAAGUUGAAUAAAACGCCGCUGAGAAAA